AUGGACGCGACGGACGCGACGGACAGGACCCACUCACCAUCUGACCUCGCUCAAGCUGAACCUCCACCAGAGCACCCUGCGUCGCCAUUGAUUACCGAGCCUGCGUCACCUCGCUCAAUAGUAGAAGAUCCUGAACUGACUCUACCAGCUCAAUCUCAACCUUCGUCGCGGGCCUCAUCGCAAGGCGCCAGCAGCAGCGCUUCCAACGCCUCACUACCUGCGCCACCUGCUUAUAAUCCACAAGCAUUACUGAACCCCAAGGCUGCCGCCAAGCGCGCCCGUGCUCAGUCCACCCACUCCAACGAUGCGUCGGUCGAGGGUCCGACCGAAGGCGCCGUUGGCAUGGGCUCUUUGAUUGAGCGCAUGCAUGGUGUGCAGCAUCGCGAGGAUCAGCCCGUCAAGAAGCAGAGGCGCGAUCCUGCAGACGAGCAAGCCGGCCGCAGCACCACAUUCGAAGGCUCCGGCAAAGGUACCGUUCUUGGAGAGUACGUCAACGAUCAAAAGCAGCUCGGAGAAAAGGAAGCCGCCCCACUACCCGCACCGUCCUCGGUCGUAGACCUCACUGCUGACGACGAUGAUGUCGUCAUCGUCAAAGAUACUGGCAGCUACGAGGUUUGUCUGGGCAAAAUCCAAGAUGCUACCAUCUCGGUCUUCAUGAUUCCUUCACCACAUCCUACCGCGUUCCAAGGCUCUGUCAACCAAUGGCCUGCUUUCAAGGUGUCACUUCGUCGGAGACCUGCCGCCACGGAUCAGCUAAUCACCGUCACCGAUCCCUGCGGCCGCGACUUCGCUCGUGUUGGUAUCACCGUGGCCAGAGGCCUGUCAUAUCUGAUGGAUAACAAGCUUCUCAAUCUAAGGAUUGAUGCCCGCUUAGAUUCCCGGAAGAGGAAGCCUGGCGAGAACGCAGGAUCGGGCACCUCCGCACAGAUGCCGUUGAAUAUUCAUCUCUUUGCGCCGCGCAAGUAUGCCAAGGACAUCGGUCGUUACCUUAGCCACAGCUCAAGGCAGAUUUGGCUUCGUGACCCCACCAUCAACAUUGGAAGCAUUCCCUACUACAACCCACAGGCCAUCAAGAGCACAGUCCCACGCGCACAGCCUGGUCCGAGCAGCAAUCAGCCUGGAUAUGGAUUCGUGGCCAGGACGGUCGAGGAGAUUCGCUCCGAUGUCAUCAGCAUGUUUGACUCCCUGACCAAGUCAGAUGAUAUCCCUUCGAUGCAGCAGCCCGAUAUCAUAUUGACGAGGCUUCUCGCGCAUCAGGCCCAAGCCCUGCAUUUCAUGACCUCCCGCGAGGCAGAAGACGCGGAAGAGAAGGGCUCGCUGUGGAAGUCCAAGUUACGAGGUAAUGGUGAGCGUUACUAUUACAACAUUAUCAGUGGCCAAGAGACUCGCAACAAGCCACCUCCGACACGCGGAGGGAUACUGGCCGACAUGAUGGGCCUCGGCAAGACCCUGACCGUUCUCUCCCUCAUUGCUGCGACUAUGCAAGACGCUUUGGAAUUCUCCUCGAAGAUGCCGCCGCAGAUACCUGGAGCGCCCCUUAUCAAGUGCAAUUCGAAGGCAACAUUGCUCAUCUGCCCAGUGAGCACCGUAGCCAACUGGCAAGAACAGGUGAAUAUGCACGUCAAGAGCGGUGCCAUGUCAUACUACAUCUAUCAUGGCCCCAACAGGCUUGACGACCCCAAGGAACUUGCCAGAUAUGAUCUCGUUAUUUCGACAUACAGCGUGGUUGCAACUGAACAUGAUAAGGCUACAUCGAAAAAGCCUCUGGCCCUGAUCAACUGGUUUCGUAUCGUCCUGGAUGAAGCCCAUAUGAUUCGUAGUGCUGCCACUAAACAGUCGGUUGCCACGUGUGCCUUAUUAGCACAACGUCGAUGGGCUGUCACGGGCACCCCUGUUCAGAAUCGCUUAGAUGACCUGGGUGCGCUGAUUAAGUUCUUGAGAAUCAAGCCGUUCGAUGACAAGGGCGGCUUUGCGCAGUACAUCCUCACUCCAUUCAAGAAUGCCGAUCCGGAAAUUCUUCCCAAGCUGCGCAUCCUCGUGGACUCGAUUACUCUACGUCGCCUCAAAGACAGGAUCAACCUUCCGGCCCGGAACGAUCAACUGGUUCGCCUUAACUUCUCCCCAGACGAGCGAAGGCUGUACGACUUCUUUGCCAAGGACACAGCUGCACGCAUGGCCUCGAUCACAGCCGGCAGGGAUAAGCUGGCAAAAAACCAAAUGGGCCACAUCCUUCGUGCCAUCGGACGUCUUCGCAUGAUCUGCGCCCACGGUGCUGAGCUACUGAGUAACGAUGAUAUGAAGCUCACAGAAGGCCUCUCGCUCGACAAUGCGAUUGAGCUGGGGGAUGAUGACGACGGGGACAAGCCGGCCAUAUCCAAAGAACAGGCAUACGAUAUGCUGCAUCUUCUACGCGAAAGCGACAUGCACCACUGUGGCAUCUGCGAUCAGGCAAUCAUCGGCUCUAGCUACGCCCCUGCUGCAAACGACUCUUCUGACGAUGAGAGCGACGUCAAGAAAGACACCGUCAUAGGUUUCAUGACACCGUGCUACCAGAUAGUCUGUCCCGCCUGCUUCGACGAGUUCAAACGAAGGGUGAAGAGGCGCGCCGCUCCCGACCGCUACAUGUACUGCCCGCUCUGCGACGCCUACGUCCGGCAGUCCAUAUUCCCCCUCUCGCAGGAAGAAGCCGACCGGGACGAAGCCGCGCGGCAGCGCGUGCGCAGCAAUCCGCGACUGGCCAAGCAGCUCGGCCGGUACGGCGGGCCGCACACCAAGGUCAAGGUCCUGAUCGAGAACCUGCUCGAGAGCAAAGCGUGGAGCGACGCGCACCCGGACGAGGCGCCGCUCAAGAGCGUCGUCUUCUCGGGCUGGACGACGUACCUCGACCUCAUCUCGAUCGCGCUCGAGGACAAGGGGCUGCGGUACGCGCGUCUCGACGGCACCAUGUCGCGCAAGAAGCGCACCGAGGCGCUCGACGCGCUCCGCGACGACAGAAGCGUGCACGUCAUGCUCAUCUCCAUCACGGCCGGCGGACUCGGCCUCAACCUCACGUCGGCGUCCAAGGCGUACGUCAUGGAGCCGCAGUACAAUCCCGCGGCCGAGGCGCAGGCGGUCGAUCGCGUGCACCGGCUCGGCCAGACACGCGAGGUGACGAUAACCCGGUUUGUCAUGAAUGACAGUUUUGAGGAGAGGAUGCUGGAGCUGCAGAAGAAGAAGAAGGAUCUGGCGGAUCUAAGCAUGAAUAGGAACGCAAAGCUGGAUAAGGAGGAGGCGGCGAAGAAGAGGCUGGCGGAUCUGAGGAGUCUGUUUCGCUGA